GUUAUUAGUAACUCUUGUAACUCUCGUCCACCUUGCAGCCUCGCUUUUCAUUUGGGAAAGUUUGAGUAUUUUCCCCUUCCAAUCUGCCUUGCCAACACAACCACAAACCCGACUACGCCAUCACUUAUCUCUCGACGGCAAGAUCCUGACUUUUAAUCUCUGAUAUAUUCUGUGACUUUGUUUUGGGAUGGAUGACGCCGAACGCCGUUCUGUGAAGCGGUCGAGGUUCGACCAGACCGAGCCCGAGCCCAGGAAGACGUCGCGCUUCGACAGGCGCUCCCGUUCGCCGCCCUCGAAACGAUCUGAUCACGGUCGAAGUCGGAGUCCGUUGGCUUCUGUUGGAGAUGCGACCGAUGCGAAGAAGUCGCCUGCCGUGGAUCCAGCAGCCGCUGCAGCUGCCGCGGCCGCACGCAUCAAUGCCCAGCUCCAAGCAAAGAAGGGCAUUCAGCAUGUCGAUGUCCCACCCAUCAAGUCGGCCACUCCGCCUUCGAAUGCUAGCGGAACACCGAAGCCCGAGAACACGAUCAACGGCGAGAUGUACGUCGCCGACGGCGACUAUAUCAAGGAUAUUGAGGUCAACGAUCUGCGCAACCGAUACCUUCUGACCAAAGGAUCUACACAGAAGAUGAUUAAAGAUGAUACUGGUGCUGACGUUACUACUCGAGGAAGUUAUUAUCCCGAUAAGAGCAUGGCGACCCCAGCGAACCCGCCCCUUUACCUGCACGUCACGAGUACAUCAAAGGAGGGUCUCGAGAAGGCCGUGGCCAAAAUUGAGGAAUUGAUGAAACAGGAACUUCCGCAGCUCGUGGAUGAGCGUCGCUUUCGCCGCCGCGAGCAGGAGCACGUCGAGCGUGACGAAUAUGGCCGUCGCAAAUGGCCUGAAGAGAAGAUCCCCAUUGGCUUCGAACCCAUCCCGGGCUUCAAUCUUCGAGCACAAGUCGUGGGCCAUGGCGGUGCCUACGUGAAGCACAUACAGGGUGAAACGCAGUGCCGAGUCCAAAUCAAAGGUCGUGGCUCUGGUUAUUAUGAAGCCUCCACGCACAAGGAGAGCGAAGAGGAAAUGUACCUCCACGUUACAGGCCCCGAUCCAAAUAUGGUGAUGAAGGCAAAGGAACUCUGCGAGGAUUUGAUUGCGAACGUCAAGGAACAGUACGAGGAGUUCAAAAGCCGACCUCCGCGGAACUUUGGUGGCUAUGGUGGCGGUCGCGGCUACGGCGGCGAUCGCGGUUAUGGUGACCGGGGGUACGGUGAGCGCUCACACUCGCACGAUCAUUCUCGGGGUGGAUCCCACGGUGGCUCGCAGAGUGGAACUCCUGAUCCGGCCCGCGGCGGACCGCACGGGGCAUCCCAUGGGGCAUCUCAUGGGGCAUCUCAUGGAGGAACUCAUGGAGGACAUGGCGGAACUCAUGGAGCGUCUCAUGGAGCGUCUCAUGGGGUAUCUCAUGGCGGCUCUUACCAAGGCUAUGGCGGCUAUGGGAGUCAGGCCGCUGUCCAGACAGGCAGUCCGGCACCCCCAGCAGCUAGCACUACGCACAACGUCUCCGACUACGCAGCUCAGUACGCACAAAUUUACGGGGGUCAGGAUCCUUAUGCUGCCUAUGGCGGCUACGCGGCUUACGUCCAAAUGUAUCAGCAGUAUUACGCAGCGGCCCAACAGCCACAACUGCAGCAAGGCUCGCCCCCGCCUCCCGGUACAGGAACAUCCGCGUCUCCUCCGCCUCCUCCGCCUCCUCCCAGUGAGGCAGCACCCCCACCGCCACCGCCGAGCUCGGCCCCUCCUCCCCCUCCUCCGUCAGCAUCCCCCCCAGGCAUGGGUAACUAUGGCAAUCUCCCUAUCGCCAUGAGCCACCAGCGAUACCCCUCACACGACCCAGUCAAAGAGCCUCAUUCCAUCUCCCUUAAAGUCUUACGGCUCUCGCGCCCUUCCCUCGUAACGCAACAGCCAGUGGAGCAACCUCUCUCCCCGAAUACCCUGAGCACGGGCCCUUCGCUCGCCUCUCUCGCCUACGCAAAAGGACCAGGUGUGUCGAGUAUAGUGGUGCCAGAAACGAACCCCGACUCUUUCCUUCUCACCCCUAUCCUCAACCUGCCUCUAUCAUUUGGCUCCGCGUACGUCGGGGAACACUUCAGUUGCACCCUAUGCGCCAACCAUGACAUCCUCGACCCGGACGCUGCGCCUUCACAAAAAAAAAGGAUACGCGAUGUCAAGAUCGAGGCGGAGAUGAAGACACCUCGGGGCGGCGGCACCGUACAGAAACUAGAGCUCACAGGCGGACCCCAGCCUGAUAGGGCGGGGGGGAAUAGAGGCGUGGACCUCGAGCCCGGGGAGACAUUACAGCGCAUAGUCGGCUUUGACCUGAAAGAGGAGGGUAACCACGUUCUGGCCGUGACGGUAAGCUAUUACGAAGCGACGGAGACGAGCGGUCGCACGAGGACGUUCCGGAAGCUAUACCAGUUCAUCUGCAAAUCGUCCCUCAUUGUUCGAACCAAGGUCGGAGCUCUGGGCGGCCUACCUCCUGCUGCUACCGCAUCUACCGACGACGAAGCCUCCGAGCGCGAGGACGGGGCCAAGAAGCGGCGGCCACCGCCGCGGAGGCGGUGGGUCCUAGAGGCGCAAUUGGAGAACUGCUCCGAGGAUGCCAUGCAGAUGGAGCGGGUGCUUUUGGACCUCGAGCCCGGGUUGAGGUAUAGAGACUUCAACUGGGACGCGAGCGGCAAGCCCGUACUACACCCUGGGGAAGUGGAACAGGUGUGUUUUGUCGUGGAAGAGGAAGAGGACGGGCCCCAACUCGAGGCUAGGGAGGACGGCAGGAUUGCGCUCGGGGUAUUGGGAGUGGGUUGGCGGGGCGAGAUGGGGAAUCGAGGCUUCCUGACAACGGGAAAACUAGCGAUGCGUACUGUGGCCGUCAAGCCAUGA